UAUUGCUGGACGAGGAUUCUUUGGCCCCCCUCUCUUUCAGCUCCACUAUGCCUCGGAUUUCUCCAGCCUGAUCGAUCUCGCACACACUUUCGCUUAUGUAGAAUGUCUUUGUAUGUUUGUUUUGCCUAGGGGACACAAUGACUCGCUGUCAUGAUCUUCCUGAAGUACCUCGAUCCGAACCUGUCUUUCCUCUGUCGCCUGGAGAGAUCCCUUCCUCUCCACCGUCUAUAGCCUCUGAUGCUGGAAUACGCCACAAGCCCAAGAAGCCUCCUCCAGUCACUCCACGCUCCUUCAGAAGAUUCUUUACUCCCCGUUCGCUGCUGGAUAGUGGGAGCCAUGCAAAUGCAGUCAGGACCAGUCGUCAGGCUCUCAGAGCCCUCAGCUCUCCGGCAGUCAACCGCUUGGGGCCGGCUUUUACAAGGACAAUGAAGGCUGUGAUGAGUAGGCCAGAGCCGGCAGAUCUUAUGCGGACGCCGAGCAGGAAACGCAAGCUCUCCAUGUCAUCUGUUCCGUCCCCUCUUCAAUCGUCACCGCUGCGGAAGGUACGAGUCAGGUACCAGGUUGAAGAGGAUGAGGAGGUGGAUAUUCUGGUGAGAGAUAUUGAUGUUGGUGUUGAGCCACAAGGGGAAGAAGAGAAACCCGUGCCUCCCUCCAAAAUUCCCGUCAAAGUUUCCCCUGUUCAACGCUCCAAAGCGCUGCAGACGUCGGGGGGGUUCUUUAUGCGCAGUGUUUCGGGGUCCCGAGCAAAUCGGGUGACCAUGCGGUCCAAUUAUGGUGCCGGCUGGCAGGAUUUGACUUCGUCCUUUUACUCCGGACCAGUUGACAGUCAUGCUUGCACGAGCUCGACGGGUGAUCGUCAUGCCCUUCCAUUCUGUACGGCCUCGUGUAAUACCAAUACUCUUGUUGCCGUUGGGGAUGAAGAAGGAGGCAUUCGACUACUGGAAUCUGCAAAAGACGACAAAAUUGGCUUCUCGAAAGCAUAUCUCUCAUUUCGUCCCCAUACAAAUGCGAUUAUGGACCUAGAUUUCUCUUCUGAUGAUAUGCUUCUGGCAACAGCAUCAGGGGACCAAACCGCCAUGGUUAUUGAUAUGGCGACACAGAGACCGGUGUAUUGCUUGGCCAACCACGUAUCUUCCUUGAAACAGGUCAAAUUUCAGCCAGCAGCCAAUAACAAAGUCCUAGCAACCUGCAGUCGUGACGGCAAUGUCAAUAUCUGGGAUCUAAGGUGUAAAGGCUUCGAAAAACCUUCUUUGCAGGUCCAGUGCUCUCUCGAGUCAGAAAAUGAGCCUGUAAACCCUGCUUUUACCUCCAAGAUGACAUAUCCGCAAGUUUUGAAUACCGUUCAUGGCGCUCAUGCCUGGAUGCCACAAACCAUAGGCCCUGAGAAGUCGGAGCCCCAAAUGCCUCGCUCUGAUAUCACCGUGACUUCCCUGACAUUUCUACCUCCUGGCCGAGAAAAUCUUUUUGUCACAGCAUCCGAAGCCAAUUCUUGCCUGCGGCUCUGGGACUUGCGUACUGCCCAUAGCAAUCGUAGGGGCCGGCCUGCUCUUCCUCUCUCCACUACACGCGAACCAGAUAGUCAUGUUAAGUACCGCCGGUUUGGAGUCACGUCCAUGACGAUGGGUGGAGAUGGGUCAAGAUUAUACUCCUUGUGCCGGGAUGGCACUGUGUAUGCAUACUCGACUUCGCACCUGGUUUUAGGACAUGCUCCCGAGCUUUCGUUGAACAACACCCGCCCACGGCGCUCUGGAGGGUCCGACAAAGAAGGCCUUGGGCCUCUGUACGGCUUUCGUCAUCCACGCUUAAGAGUUGCUUCAUUCUACGUCAAACUUGCCGUCCGAAAGGCCUUCGAUGAUAAACCAGAAAUGUUAGCUGUUGGAAGCGGCGAGCCCUGCCCUAUUUUAUUCCCCACAGACGAAAGAUUCCUUCACUCCUCUACCCAGCAACAAACUGUUGGAGUAGAUGCAGCUCCCAGGACUCCAUACUCCACUCGGUACGGCCUCCGCCGCACCAACUCUGGGAUCGGUUUGUCAGGACGCCUGGAAGAUACAAUUCAGAUAUAUGAUACCGGAACAUCAUUAGAUGAAGGCCACAAGAAGGAAGUGUCGGCAGUGACAUGGACUGUAAACGGAGAGCUCAUUACCGUCAGCGACGAUUACAGUGCCAGAUGCUGGCGUGAAGGACCUGAAGCACGAGAACUGCGAGCAGGCGGAGAGGCCGAGGGUCGCAGAUGGAAGUGCGGCUGGGCUAGCACUAAAGACUCUUAUGAAGAUGAAGACGAAUGAUCAUAAACCCCAUACCACGGCUAUUGCUUUUGCUGUUAUUUAAUUUUUUUUUUUUUUUGGGUUGCAUGCUGUGCUUUUCAUGCCGCUUGUUCCCCAUGUUUCUUGCACGCAUUUCAUGGCGUUGAUGGCAUGCAUACCUUGCU